AUGGCAGAGCAGCUCAAGGACUCGCUUUGCUUGGAAUAUGACGACCUACGCAUGGACGCGGAGAAGCUCAAGGUCUUCUGUUAUCGGCGAAACUUUGAAGGUAGACUUUCAACCUCUAUUUCAUCGUCUGCGCUCACUCUUUUCACGCUCAUCAUCUCACAACAUGGGUCCCCGCAACACCCGCUCAUCCGCAGCCGCGAACAAGGUCAAGACCCCGGUGGCGAGCAAGGCAAGACCCCGGCGGCGAGAAAGUCUGCUGGUGCCGGGGUGGCAACCAAGUCUUCGUCCAGCAAAGCAGAUUCCGGAGCUGAUGCUGUACCGGUGCUGAGCUAUGCAGCUCGGCUCAAGGCUAUGAAGGAGUCGCUGCGAUCCCUAUUGCCCAACCUGACAGCGCAAGAGCUGGACGCAAUGGCUCGGUCGAACCUAGCCAAGGGAUCAAAGGGGAUCUCUGGGAGAAGGAGCAUCAGGAUGAGCAAAGGGAAGAAUCCAAGGUCACCGGGCAAGUCCACACCCAUUACCACGCCGCGUAAGAGAAAAACGUCCCUUCUUCUUCCGACACGAGGACAGCGAUGGCGAAUCUGGGUCAGAGAAGCCGAGAAGAAGAAGACCAGGACUCAACGUCAGGAUCAGUCAGCGGAACAGGCAACAGCAGCGGGCUCGAGGACUGCGAAGGCGAAGAAGAAAGCCGCUCCCAUCGUUCUUGCAGCGAAGAUGAGGAUGAGCUGGAGACCAGCGACAAGGAGGGGGAUCCCGAGGAAGGAGACACGCUCAUCGAAGGCUGAAGGCAAACAUGUGGCAAAGGGCAACUCCAGCAGGAGAGAGCCAUCUCCAUGGACGUGGAUGACUCACAGGACGGGAAGGCUCUUCGUACAAGGGCUCGGACGGGAUGGCGAGGACGAGGAUGAGAGCGCGGACCAGUUGUUGUCGAAAGACGAGGAAGCUCCGAACGAGAUGAUUGUGAAGAUGGAGGAAGAGUCCGAGUCGAAGGGCAAGAAGAGGAGGCAACCGCGGAAGAAGGCCAGACGCGAAGAAGACGUCGACGUCCGCAGUCUUCUGGGGAAAGCCCAACAAGAGCUUAGGGUGUACCUUGCUCUGGAGAACGCUUGGCCUCGUAUGAAGAAAGGCGUCUCCGAGAAGCAUGCGGCGACUGCCGACAUCGUUGAGCGGCUCAUAACGAGCAAUGUCAGGUACCAGAGGGAGGACUUCCAGAAGAAGUUCGAGCCCAACUGGGCCUUCCAGAAGACAAAGAACAAGAUCAUCGCAUACGUGAACAAGGCUGCACCCCAGCUUCGGCAGGAGCUCAAGCAGAAGGCGAAGCGCGUGGUGGAGAAAGAGUUCUUGUCUAUCAGGCUGCCCGAGGUUGGGGCCGACGGUAAACCGGUGGAUGCUGUCGAGCGCAACCAGAAGGUGAAGAAAGCCCGGGAGAAUCGCAUCAAGUUCUUGAAAGACAACAACACCUUUCACUACGGGCAGCUUGUGCUACCGGAUCCCGAGGUUGACCCAUCGCUGUGGGAGGAGCCAGACCUGGACAUGCCGUUCCAUGGUCUGUGCGUGGCCGAGGUCAUCGCUAACCAAUGGUUCCGCGGACAGAACCCGGACGUGUUUCGCCCGGCGUGCAAAGAACGGUUUGACCUUGACGGUGCGUUGAAGACCAUCCCAAGCAACAUGAUUGCCCUGGCGUGCAGUGCGAUUCUCGUGGCCUUGGACGAGUGGAUGAACGACAACAACACGGUGGAAUUCCAGGAGAAGGUGUACGCCCCAGCGUACGAUCGCCUGCUGUCUGGCGUGGAGAUGAUCCGUCGGUUGGCCAAUCCGAACAACAAGGACUAUGACGAGGGCUGGGAAAACCUCUCGGAGUCCCUGAACGCCAGUCUGUCCAAGAACAUCAGGGUGUUCGCUGGGCUUCGGGUGGAUUCGCAGAGUGGGCAAGGCGAGGAGAAGUCCAAUGCGGACCUAGACCCUCUCAUCAACGCUGGGAAGGUGAAGGCGAGGUGGCGGUCGAGGGGUGGUGCUCCCGACAACGCUCAGGCUGGGCCGUCCAAUGCUGCGUCCAAGGAUAAGGCCUAG